AUGAAUAUUGCGAUACUUGACGACUAUUUUGAUACCAUUCGUACACUUUCCUGCUACAAUAUGUUGAAAGAUUAUAAUGUAACUAUAUGGAAUGAUCAUGUACAAGAUACAGAUGCACUCGUGGAUCGAUUGAAAGAUACCGAAGUGCUGGUGCUCAUUCGUGAACGAACAAGAAUUACCAAUGAUCUGCUCGAGCGACUACCUCGUUUGAAACUCAUCAGCCAACGCAGUGUUUAUCCACAUAUCGAUAUUGAUGCUUGCAAUCGGCUGGGUAUUAUCGUUUCAUCCAAUCAGCACACUGACAGUCCUUCAUAUGCUGCCGCCGAACUAACUUGGGCACUAAUACUAGCAGCGAUGCGACAAAUUCCUCAACAAAUGGCCGCACUUAAACAAGGCAAAUGGCAAAUUGGCAUCGGCGCUACACUACGUGGAAAAACGCUAGGUAUCUAUGGCUACGGUAGAAUCGGAAGUACAGUUGCAGGAUAUGGGAAAGCGUUUGGUAUGAACAUACUUGUAUGGGCACGCGAUGCAUCUCUUGCUCGUGCUCGUUCUGAUGGAUAUACAACAGCGAGUAGUAAAGAAGAAUUUUUUAUGACAUGUGAUGUUUUAUCUCUUCAUAUGCGUUUGGUCGACGCAACACGUGGUAUAGUCAGUAGCAAAGAUCUUGCUCUGAUGAAAUCAACUGCUCUAAUAGUGAAUACUAGCCGAGCAGGACUUAUUCAACCGAAUGCUUUAGUCGAUGCAUUACGUACCGGCCGACCUGGUAUGGCAGCUGUUGAUGUUUAUGAAAACGAACCAUUGACCGACACGAACAAUCCUCUUCUCAACAUGGAUAAUGUUAUCUGUACGCCUCAUAUCGGUUAUGUCUCCACUGACGAAUAUGAAAUUCAAUUUACUGAUAUCUUUGAACAAAUUCUCGCCUAUGCACAAGGAACUCCUAUCCAUGUUGUUAAUCCUCAAGUUCUCGAUGGCAAAUAA